CCUUGUGCUGCCACUGUAUACAGCCCGCGCUGAUAGUUUUGCCUGAUCCAUCACCAAAGGUUACACACCGCAGCUUUAAUGCUGCACGUGCAAAUUAUAUUCAAACCAGAUUGAAACCCUUUCAUAUUGUGCUGUUUUAAAGCUGACGCUCCAGUAAUAAGGACUAAGUCUUGUCUCUGUAGGCUGUCAGAGGUAAAGACACAUUCCUGAACCACACGCCAGUUUCCACAUGGAAACUUUGUGUUGCCGCCCACUUCUGCUCCAGUUGUGCGAGAGUUGAGCCACGGUUGUUCCCUUCACACAGCUCUGUGAAGACUCUGAGUGGGCACAAAAUGGCUCCGCGGCAGCUCCACCUGAGGUUAAUAGCGCUGACAGUGGUGGUGACACUGUUGGCUCUCAGAGAUGCAGCAGGUGACAGCAAACUGUACAAGAUCUUAAAGAAGAGAGAGGUGGCAGGACCUGGUACUACUCUGUCAAAGUCCUCCAUCGACGUCCCUCCCUCGAAGGCUCGGGAAUUCCUGGCAAAGCUGAGCAGAACCAAGAGGAACAUCUGGGACCGGAGCAGACCUGACGUGCAGCAGUGGAUCAUGCAGUUCAUGUACAUGGGCUACGACGAGCAGGUGAGUCGCCUCAAAUUUAUCUAUAAUCCAUAA